GUACUGAACUCAGUGUCAGUCUAUUCAGGCACAUUUUCCAGGCGCCCUUUCUGCGCGCGGUGCAUUGCGGGAGCGUCGCGUCUCUUGUAUCGAGCAAAACCGAUUGUCUUUGCCAUUGUGUGAAAGUGGUGUUUUGGCUGUUGGUGUCGGUGACGUUUUUUUAAAAAACAUGUCGGUGCGGGAAUCUUUUAACCCGGAGAGUUAUGAACUCGACAAGAACUUCAGACUAACGCGCUUCACGGAGCUCAAGGAGGCAGGCUGCAAAGUCCCUCAAGAUGUUCUCCAGAAACUUCUAGAAUCUUUGCAGGAAAACCAUUAUCAGGAAGAUGAGCAGUUCCUUGGGGCUGUGAUGCCCAGACUAGGCAUUGGUAUGGACACCUGUGUGAUUCCAUUGAGACACGGAGGCUUGUCGCUUGUGCAGACCACAGACUACAUCUACCCAUAGUGGACUGACCCAUACAUGAUGGGGAGAAUUGCCUGUGCCAAUGUGCUGAGUGAUCUAUGCGCCAUGGGAGUCACAGAGUGUGAUAACAUGCUGAUGCUUCUCGGCAGCAAUAAACUCACAGAGAAGGAGCGUGAUAAGGUCAUGCCUCUGAUCAUCCAGGGGUUUAAAGAUGCAUCCGAGGGCGGAACCUCCGUUACAGGAGGUCAGACUGUCAUCAAUCCUUGGAUAGUCCUGGGCGUGGCUACAACAGUGUGCCAACCUAAUGAGUUCAUUAUGCCAGAUAAUGCAGCAGGGGACGUGCUGGUUCUUACCAAACCUCUAGGUACACAAGUGGCGGUUGCAGUGCACCAGUGGCUGGACAUCCCAGAGAAGUGGAAUAAGAUAAAGUUGGUGGUCACUCAGGAGGACGUUGAACUGGCUUAUCAGGAGGCCAUGCUGAACAUGGCUCGGCUCAACAGAACAGCGGCCGGGCUGAUGCACACCUUCAACGCACACGCAGCGACUGACAUCACGGGCUUUGGGAUCCUGGGUCACGCUCAGAAUCUGGCCCCGCAGCAGCGUGCAGAGGUGUCUUCGUCAUUCACAAUUUAUGUUCUGGCCAAGAUGGCGGCGUCAGCAAAGCUUGCAUGGAACAUGUUUGGCCUUAUGCACGGCACCUGCCCAGAGACUCCAGGAGGUUUGCUCAUCUGUCUUCCGCGUGAGCAAGCGCCCGCUUUUUGCGCCGAGAUCAAAUCUCCCAAAUACGGCGAGGGUCACCAGGCGUGGAUCAUCGGCAUAGAGAAAGGCAACCGACGCGCGCGCAUCAUCGACAAACCCCGCAUCAGGGUCGCACCGCAAGUGGCCACACAGAAUGUCAACACCACCCCGGAGCCACGUCUUAAACCUGACCCCGUGACCCCUGAGCGGCCCGAACGGCUAGCCUGA